CAUUCCUUAGUCUGUGAGGAUCCAUAGGAUCUACGAGCCCAAGAAGAAGAACAAGUCGCCGAGAGAUACUGACAGCCACGGAGGCAGGUUUUCAACUGUACCUCAUGAUUCUGUUCAAGGACAAGGACACGGAAGGUCGAUGUUGGGUCGAGGUGUAAAGCGAAAGUGGAGCUGUUUGGAUGAGCUGGAGCCUGAGCUCCUUCCUGUGACCACGCACGAAAAGAAACAAGAUGAGGAGAAGGAGGCCAAGGCCAACGAGCUCCUGGAGCGUCAGGUGGUACUGAGCCUCUGCCUGGAGAAGUUGCAGAGGUACCAGGCCGGAGUGGAACUGAGCCUGCGGCGCUCGGUGCUACUUGUCAACACGCUACGUCAGAUCCAGGGGGACAUGAGGAGUGACGGGGCAGGAGACUACAAAGUCCAACCUGAGUCCCAUCACGUCAAGGCAGAGUUCAGGGAGGAGGACGUGCCUGUGAUGUGUCGCGGGUGUGUAGACAAUGACGACCUUCCUCCACCUCCAACACUGUCCUCUGAGUUUAUCAGUCAGGAGUCAAACAACUCAUCUGACCCACACAAGGCUCACAAAUUUGACAUUUGCUCCAUCAGCGACGCAGUAAACGCCAUGGGCUACCUCAGCGACCUGGCCCUGGAUGAUAUCUUUGAGGACAUUGACACCUCAAUGUAUGAGACUACUGAUUUGUCCACUGCCAUGGGUGCUGGCUCAGUGUGGCCCAUGAGCAUGUCCCUGUGGACAGAUGAGGAGAUAAAACUGUGCCCGCCUGCUCACAGCAGCUCACCAGGGAGCCUUCCAUCCUGUCUGAUGGACCUUAAUGAUCUGGACCACCUCAUGGAAAUCCUGAUAAAGUCCUGAUCAACGGGUUGGACUCAGCCAUUUAAAUCUCAAGAAACAGUUUGCAGCUAUUUGGACAAAGACAGGGAACAAGCUUGGCCGAGUGUCCGCUUUGUCAUUUUCUAAGGCUUUUUGUUUACAUACUACGAUGAUUUUGAACUAAAAUAUCUAUUUAAUUUUUUUUUUCUAUUUAAUGUACAUGAUGCUUUUAAAUAUAGUUACUGCCCUACUUUUAAAAGAAAAAAGCAGACUCUCAGGGUUGGAGAAACGGGAUCAUGGAAGUUUACUCAGACAUCAAACCUUUAACCAGACGGUCUUCAUCUAUAGUCUUCAUCGACAUCAGCUACAGAACGUUGUCCAAAAAUAUAACUAAACCCGACUUUCCAUUGCCCGUGUGUUGAGUUAGAUUGGUUUGUCUGACCCAACAUAAGUCUGGUAUUGGGUGUCAAACUAACUACAAUACCAGAUGAGGGUCAUUAAAAACCUGUAAUUCAUUGCCAUGGAUGGCCCAAAAAACAAUUUCAGGAUGUGACCCAUUUCGUGAACACUAGAUGUGGGCUAUUUCAAAGUAUGUAAAGCCACAUACCAAAGGUCUUUUCAAAAAGAAAUGACAUAAAAAUGUGCAUGAGUCAUCUGAGUAAUUGGGAAGUUGUCUGACACACUUCACCUCUGUAGUGUUCAUCAACUGACCGGAGGAUGAUUGCAGUACUCACACACAGGAAGUGUAGUAACAGACAGGAUUCAAUGUGAUUACUGAAGAGGGCGUGAAGCUUUUUUAUUUUACGAGCCACCCCUUGACACGAGGCGUUGAAAGAACCCAUGACAAAUGGAAACUUUUUAAUACCACGGUUUUGUUUUUUUUUAUAAAUCUCUGCACUAUGAAGAACACUUGGUAAGAAAUUCUUACCAUUUGCAAAAUUAAAAUUUAUAGAAACAUUACACUCCAGAAAUAGCCUUUUAGAAUUAAGUCCUGGCUCUUUCCUUUUUUUAAAUAACACUGCUGUUCACAUUUUUGUUCAGUUUUUUUUUACUUAAAAAAGUCCAGUUCUGACUGUAGAACUGAACUUUUGCCAUGUCUCCAUGAUCCCCGAGAGGCAGCAGACACCUGUGUUUAAUUAUGAUUAUUAUUGCAAUGUUUUAAAUAAUUAUUUUUCUUUUUUUUUACACUUUAUUAGUUUUAAAACAAACAUGGACAUGGAAGGAGUCCCUACAUCUUUGUAGAUACUUUUAAUCUUUGAGUAAUUAAAUGGACAAAUGUGGGUUGGCCUCUUGAACCCUGAUCCUCCACAGCUGGAGAUGUUUAUGUUCAUCUAACGUGUAAAGUCUGCUCUCUGCUGUCAUUUAUAUUAGUUUUGAUGGAACAUCGUGCUGUUUCCAUCCGAGUGAAGGAUUCUGGACUUUUUCUCAACAUGCUCUAAUGCUGUUCUACCUCUGUACGUCAGUGAACCAGGACACUCCUGAUAGCCACGGACCUCUGUUGAAUGAUGUAAUGUAACUGUGCUUUAUUUUGCUGGACGAACAACAACGAUUCAACACCACCAACCAUAGACCACAGACCAGGACCACCAGUCCUCUGAUCCCCAUGUCCACAACGUGCCUUGCCACUGAACCUGGUCUCCCUCUGGAUCUAGAUCUGAUCUUCAUUAUGGUGUUACUAGGACCAUCAUCACUUCCUGCCUCCAGCUCUUUUUUUCCUGCUCUCACUGAACACUGCUGGUGUAUGAGCUAAAUGCAUCCUGACAGGCUGACAGUGGAGUUGCUGAGAGAAGAGGCAGUGGACCAGGAGGAGGAGGAGGAGGAGGAGGAGGAAGAGGAAGCAACCUACGUCACUUGUGUAGGAGGAGUUUACAAAAGAUCUUGUUUUCCCAGGACGCGGACUAUUAGACCAAUCAAAUAAGGUGGUGGGAGGAGCAAAACUACUGCUGCUCAACAACAUGUUUUUGUUCUAAGUGGCUCUGUACACACACACACACACACACACAGAAUCAACACAUAACUGGAUCUCAGAUCAGAUCACUGCAGUGUUAUUUAUUACUAACUUAAAAGUACUGAGGGUGUGAAGAAGCACAAUUCUGUUUAUUUUUCUUGUGAAUUGUAAUUUAAAUGUUAGUAAGCAAAAGGUGUGACAGGAAAAUGAUAAAGAUGUGUAUGUUUUGUGAAAAUCUUUAUAUAAUUCUUAUUGAACUAUUCAAUAAAAACCUUAUUAGAA